UAUGACGAAUUGUCAAAUUCAAUUUAUGGAACUGUCAUUUGGUUUUUGUUUCGAUUUUGUAGUGAAAUCUAUGAAACUAAAUCUGCUUUCAUCUUGAGUUUGUGAAGUGAUAGAAUAUUAAAAAAUGGCUCUGUUCCCCGGAGCGGUGGCCUUUGACGAGUAUGGUCGUCCAUUUAUCAUUUUGAGGGACCAAGAUAGGCAGAAACGGCUUACCGGUAUCGAUGCCUUGAAGUCCCACAUUUCAGCAGCCCGACAGAUUGCGGGCAUUCUCCGCACCUCCCUAGGUCCCCGUGGGCUGGACAAGCUCAUGGUAUCUCCGGACGGUGAUGUUACAGUCACUAACGAUGGAGCCACCAUCUUGAAGUUGAUGGAUGUAGAGCAUCAGAUUGGGAAACUGCUGGUACAGUUGGCCCAGAGUCAGGAUGAUGAGAUUGGUGAUGGUACUACCGGAGUCGUUGUGUUGGCUGGUGCCCUAUUAGAGCAGGCAUCCAACCUCCUUGACAAGGGUAUCCACCCCAUCCGUGUAGCGGACGGCUUUGAAAUGGCCGCUGCCACUGCACUGGCUCACUUGGAGGGCAUCAGUGAAGCUUUCCCUGUCAACAAGGAUACCAGGGAGCACCUGAUCAAGGUUGCCAUGACAACGUUGGGCAGUAAAGUGGUUGUGAAGUGCCACCGUUUGAUGGCUGAGAUUGCUGUUGAUGCUGUUCUCUCGGUAGCUGACCUGGAGAAAAGGGACGUGAACUUUGAACUGAUCAAGGUGGAAGGCAAGGUUGGAGGUCGCAUGGAAGAUUCCAUGCUGGUCAAGGGAGUUGUCAUCGACAAGACCAUGAGCCACCCGCAGAUGCCUAAGACUUUGAGGGACGUGAAGCUGGCGAUCCUGACAUGUCCGUUUGAGCCUCCUAAGCCUAAGACCAAGCAUAAGUUGCACGUCGGCUCAGCGGACGAGUACCGCGAGCUGCGUCAGUAUGAACACGACAAGUUCUUGGAGAUGGUGCAUAAAGUUAAGGAUGCUGGUGCAACCCUCGCCAUCUGUCAAUGGGGCUUCGAUGACGAGGCGAACCAUCUUCUCCUGGCUGAAGGUCUCCCAGCAGUGAGAUGGGUGGGAGGUCCAGAGAUGGAACUGAUCGCCAUCGCCACCGGUGGACGCAUCGUGCCACGGUUCGAGGAGCUGACUCCUGACAAACUUGGCUCCUGUGGAUUGGUCAGGGAACUGACGUUCGGUACAUCGAAGGAAGAGAUGUUGGUGAUCGAGGAGUGCUCGAACAGUCGCGCGGUGACAGUGUUGAUGCGCGGCGGCAACCGCAUGAUCGUGGACGAGGCCAAGCGCUCCGUGCACGACGCGCUCUGCAUCGUGCGCAGCCUUGUACAGGACUCCCGCGUAGUGUACGGCGGUGGUGCAGCAGAGAUCUCGUGUUCUCUGGCAGUGGCGCGCGCGGCGGACAAGUUGUCGUCCCUCGACCAGUACGCGUACAGAGCAUUCGCAGACGCACUCGAGGCUAUACCACUCGCACUCUCUGAGAACAGUGGUCUGUCCCCCAUUGACACGCUGUCGGAGGUGAAGUCUCGUCAAGCAUCCGAGAACAACCCCAACCUCGGCAUUGACUGCAUGGGCAAAGGAUCAAAUGACAUGAAAGCAAUGAACGUGAUAGAGUCGCUUCACUCAAAGAAACAACAGAUUUCCCUCGCUACACAACUCGUCAAGAUGAUACUCAAAAUUGAUGAUGUUCGCUCACCAGCAGACUCUAUUGAGUAAAAGUAUUAUUUUCUAACCUUAUUAUAUCUAUGAUCUUUUAUAAUAAUACGCCUAACUAUAGUCCUGUUAUGUAUGCAUAAUUAUAUUUACCAAAAUAAAUAAUUACUUGGUAUUGUCAGCUCUUCAAGUGUAUUGUUUAGUCGAACUGAUGGUAGUGGUGACUGACUGACAGGCGACACACAUACUUAGGUAUCGUCAUGAGCUAAUGUUCACAUGUAAACAGCAGCUCAUGUAAAGAAAUUGUCCAGUCGACUGAUGUUGACUGUUCAAUCAUGGUUGGAGAUAUUUAUGCAUAUGUAAAUGACUGGUAUAAUAGUUAUUUUUAAUAUUUGGAGCUUGGUCGUGUAAGUUCAGUUUGAUGUUUAAUCAAAUGGACAAUAAAACUGGAAUAAUUUAGUCUGUCUUAUAUUACAGAUGCAUUUUAUGCUAACAAUCACAAAUUGUACAUAUUUCAUAAUAUGUAGUACAUACAACUAUUAGAAUAUUUGUUUUAUUUUAACCUUCAACUAGACGGAUUCGCUAGAUAUCCUAAGAGCUUGUAUCUGUCUCAAAAUUUUAUUUAUGUGUCACCCUUUGUCGGUGUUUGUACGUCGACAGUUUUGUAAUUUAGAAUGCUAGUAAUGGUAUAAUAUUGAAAAUUUUCUAUAACAUAAGCAAUAUGCAGGUUGCUUCUAAACGACUGAUCUGGAAUUCAUCUUUACCAGUAGAUGUCCUGUUGUUGAUAAUAAUACCUACUUAACUCGUUGAGUACCGUCAUUAUAGACACAAUUAUAGAACAAUAGGUUGCGGUCACCAAUGACCGCUUGGUGUUUGAUAGUUUAAGAUGAUGAUCAAAUAAAAUUCUAUGGCUUUUGUCCAUGCUACGGUUUUUGUCAAUUUUAGUGAUCUUAUUCAUAGUGCUAAAAAUUUCCAGUGUAUCGAUACAAAACUACCACAAAGUAUCGAGUUUGAUAUUCAUUAACGCAUCGUCUAUGAACUCGUGCAGUAUAGUCGAUAACAUUGUAUUGUAGACUCGGUUCCAUUCAGGAAGAAAACACCUAGACUGAAACACGGAAAUACAGUACUCCAACUUCAUACAAUCGAACGGUCUAAUCUACGGAACAGUAUUGGUACGAAUUUGGUACUUUAUUUUGUGUCAGAUAGUCCAUUAACGAGGAAGGUUAUAAGACUAAACCAUCACGCUACGAUCUAUAGGCAUCGAGCAGCAAUAGUUUGAAAAUAAAGUCAUAUUAUCAAAAUAUACCACUAUUAGCAUUCUAAGUUCAGUAAUAUUUCAAUGUAAUGUAACAGUUAUGUUAUUUUAAUUAUAUUAUGUAAGUCAAUGCAUUUCACUGUAUGCGAGUGGUUUAUACCAAACGUGAAGGAUGCCUUAUUGCACUAAUAAAAUAAUAAGCUAAUUUA